CAGCAGAACUCAACAGGAUAGGGGACAAACACAGCGUUUCAAUGCACCCGAAACGUUAGUGUCGAUCGAGAUUUAAAGUGCUGUAGACGUUCAGAAUACUAGCUUAAGAGAGGAAGGACUUGUAACCGGUAACAAAUAGUUCAGUAAAAGUGCGUUUUGCAAUCAAAGAAGAGUGAGAUCAUCUCAGGACAGAAUAUAGAACGCGAAGUGAAGCAGCUGCAAAUCGGAACUCGCUACGGAUAAAGCUGCCAAUUGCGCGGUACAUUUGAUUAUAUUUGUGCAAACAAAUAAUCAACCAAGAUGGGUUUGAAUUGUGGCCUCUCAACUAUAAAAUAUGUGCUCUUCGUGUUCAACUUGCUCUGUUCGCUCUGCGGUAUUGCACUAGUGGUCAUCGGAGGAGUUUCGCUGGCAAAGAUCUCCGAAUUCGAGCAGAUCAGCGAUGAGCACAACAUUGUAGCCCCAUCAAUAUUGUUCAUCGUCUUAGGUUCAAUAGUGUUCAUUAUUGCGUUCUUCGGAUGCUGCGGUGCGAUUCGGGAAUCGUACUGCAUGACUACGACUUAUGGCUUCUUCCUCAUGGUUCUGAUCAUCGGACAGAUCGUCAUUGCUGCCCUGGUAUUCAUUUACGUUGGAGAUGCUCGUGAAGCUUUCAAAAAAGGAUUCCAAAGAGUCUUCGAUCAGCGAGACGUACCGGCUAACCGUGAAUUGAUUGACACUAUCCAAUCAAACCUCCAAUGUUGCGGUGUGAAAUCAUCUCUGGACUACGGACUCAACUGGCCUCAAUCAUGCUGUACGAGUGGAACCGCUCCUCUUUGCAUUCCGCACACAGAUGGCUGUAGCGCACGUUUGGGUGAAUUCAUCGAUAGUGCCGGAGCUGUGCUUGGAUGGGUAUCGCUAGGUGUUGCCCUUGUAGAGUUGAUCGGUUUAAUCGCUGCGUGCUGCCUUGCCAACGGAAUCCGCAACCAACAAAGAAGAUAUGCUUAAGCUUCAAGUUGUCGCUUCUGGGUUAAUGUUGUCUGUUUUAUUCAGGAAAGUUAACUGUGGAGGAAACACCAUUGCUUGUACAAUCGACUUACAACAUCGAGAGAAACACAAAAUUCAUUAUACUUAGCUGAUAGGGUCAUAUAGUUAUCGUACACAUAUGAAACUUUUCGCAUAGAACCUUAAACUAAAGUUAUUGCUUUCGUGCUUUAACGCUCAUGUACCUACUAUUUUCAGUGUGUUUGCACCAGUGACUCAGACUUCAACCGAUUUGUUCGAAGAAUGUAUUCAUGUUAAAAUCUUCCAAAGUCCUCUCAUAUGUACAUUCUCGCACAACUAUUAAGUACGACGUUCUAAAAUAAUUAGUAUUACACAAGCGAGUACAUGUUACAAAAUAUUUAAACGUGAGAAAAUCUAAAAAAUACCGAUUUCAAUAUAAA